UUAAAAAAAUAUAUACAAAAUACAAAUCGCUUACAAGAAAAUAGUGAAUAUCACUAUGUAUAGCUCUUCAAUUAGAUUCAUAUUUAAAAAUAUUUUACCAUUAAAAACACCUGUGCAGUGCUUUUCUAGUGCACCCUUAUUACUUUCACCAGAAAAAUUACAAAGGUUUCGAACCACUGAAUCGCAAUGUCUAAAACAUAAAGAUGAACAUUUGGGUUUAUUUUAUACAAUAUCUGAAGAAGAUAGAAAACGGAUAUUUAUAUAUGGUGGAAUACCAAAAUCAUUUGAUGUACAAACAAAAACUUUUAAUGAAACUUGCCUAAUGAUUCGUCAACCAUCAUUGGAUAUAAUAAAUUGUUUAAGAAAUUUAGAUUACUCUAAACCAGUCGUAAGAUUCGUUUUAUACGGUAAAAAAGGUAGUGGAAAGUCACUAUCUUUAGCACAUAUUUUACAUUAUGGUUAUCAAAGUGGAUUUUUGAUAGUUCAUAUACCAUGGUUGGGUAACUGGAUGCGUAGAUGUAAGGAAUACAGUAACAGUGAAACUAAGGAAGGUUAUGUUGAUUUAAAUCUAGAUGCAGCAGCUUGGUUAUUGAAUUUUAAAACACAAAAUUCCCACUUGCUAUCUAAUCCCGAAGCUAAAACUUCUAUAGAUUAUGUUUGGAGCAAGAGGGAAAUAACCCCUGCUGGUUCAGAUAUCUUAAAUUUAGUGGACCAUGGUAUUAAUAGAAUAAAAUAUGCCUCUGACACCAUAAUAGCCCUAUGUGAAGAAAUUAAGAAGCUUUCUAAUAAGGGCAUCUUUAGAACUUUAGUAGCUGUUGAUGGUUACAAUGCCUUUUUUUACCCAAAUACUAGAGUAUAUACUGAGAAAAAAGAAGUUGUUCAUCCACAGAAUGUUACUGUUACCCAAGGAUUUAUGAGUUUGACUAAUUUUGACUGGAAAAAUGGUGCUGCAGUUGUAACUGUUGAUGAAAUAGCUAUUGCUGAAGAAGAUCAAAUAUCACACUUACCUAGGUAUCUCUUAGGGAAAGAAGGCUUUGAACAUUUAGAUCCAUUUGUACCUGUACAUGUUCAAAAUUAUACAGAAAAGGAACUAACUAGUUGUUUGGAUUAUUAUAGAGAAAGAAAAUGGGUAAAUGACUACCCUGGGCUAGAUGAAGAAGUGAAAUUUGUUAGCGAUUCAAACCCUUAUAAAUUAAUGAAAGUUUGUGCACCCUUGUAAAAAUAUUUUUUAAAUAAAAGUAAAAACUAAGUCAAAAUGAGUUUAAUUUUU